AUGUUUGCUUUUACACUUUUGACGGUGGUCGUUGUCAUUUUUGCCUAUCUCUGGCAAUGGCGUUCCCGGCUGAAAGCACCCUUUCGAUCGGUUCCCGGACCGGCAACGCUGCCGCUGGUUGGAAAUGCUCCCGAGAUUGUCCGGAAAACGUCGACGGAACUGUUUCACUGGUUGCUGGAGCUUGAAACUCGUUACGGACAGUUGUACCAGAUAGAUGGCAUAAGUCAAAUUUGGCUGGUCUGUGCUUCACCGAAGCAUGUGGAGAAAAUCAUGACCGGAGCGGAGUUCAACUGCAAGGGCGAAGAUUAUGAUGUUCUGCUGGAGUGGCUGGGAACCGGACUGUUGACAAGUAGCGGCAAUAAGUGGUUCACUCAUCGAAAGGCCCUGACCUCGGCGUUUCAUUUUAAAAUUCUGGAAAAUUUUGUUCCCGUUUUCGACCGGCAGAGCACGGUGCUGAUGGAAAAGCUGCGCAAAACGGAUGGAAAGGUGGUGAAGAUUUUCCCAAUGGUGAAAUUAUGCACGUUGGAUAUUAUAGUGGAGACGGCCAUGGGGACUCCAUCAUCAGCACAAAUCACGCAGUCCAGCUAUACGCUGGCGGUGGAAGAGAUGGCAACCAUUGCCUUUCUGCGAAUGUUCAACCGAUUUUAUUUUUCGGAUUUUAUAUUCCGAUUUAGCAAGUUUUACCCCACGUACGGGCGAUGUUUGAAAACGAUUCAAAACUUUACGCUAUCGAUUAUUGAAAAGCGUAGGAAAACUUUACAACAAAACGCGGCUGAGGACGGCCAGCAACCGCCACAGGGCAAUGACGAUCUGGGUUCAAAACCGAAAAUGGCACUGCUGGAUAUUCUGCUGCAGACUAACAUCGACGGCAGACCGCUUACCGACGAGGAAAUUCGAGAGGAGGUGGAUACCUUUAUGUUUGCGGGUCACGACACAACCGCGUCGGCAAUCACAUUUUUGCUCUACACACUAGCAAAACAUCCGGAUGUUCAGCAGAAAGUAUACGAGGAAAUCAUUGCGGUUCUCGGUGACUCCAGCAGCAGCGGUGAGACCCCGUUGAACAUCAGCACGUUGAACGACCUGAAAUAUCUAGAUUUGGUAAUCAAAGAGUCGCUCCGGCUGUUUCCGCCGGUUCCAUUCAUCACCCGGACCGCCCUGAAGGAGGUAGACCUGUGCGGACUGAAGGUUCCCGCCGACACCAAUUUCACCAUCGGCAUCUACAAUAUGCACCACAAUGCGGCCUACUUUCCCGAUCCGGAGCGGUUCAUUCCGGAACGUUUCGAAGCGGAACGGGGCGCCGAGAAGCUGAAUCCUUACGCGUACGUACCAUUCAGUGCCGGUGGAAGAAACUGCAUCGGCCAAAAGUUUGCUCAGUACGAGAUCAAAUCGACGAUUUCGAAAGUGAUACGCAACUGCCGGGUGGAAUUGCCGUACCCGGACUACGAAGCGCCCCUCAAGGCAGAGAUGAUCCUGAAGCCAUUGGACGACAUGCCGUUAAAAUUUCACUCCCGCUGAAUAAAUAUGCAAAUUUUGU